UGCGCGGAAUAGAAUGUGCGACUAACGUUACUCAGUUUCAACGCGCCAGCAGGUGAUGAUCCGUUACUCCAGGUGCAACUUUUAAUAGCCGGUAUUUUCAGAGUUACACGGUAGAUAAUCCCCAUAGUUAUGCGCGAUCUUGCCAAGGGAAGGACCAAGAAGGCCCGGAGCAGGAGUAGGAGCAACUGCCGGGCGGUUUUGAAGGCGGUUGGCGCCGAGGCGAGGGAUCCGGCCGGGUGGCGCGCCGGCGAGAAACAGGCGGGAGCGAACGCUCAGGACACCGCCGAGAAGAAGAAUGUCUGCUGCUCACCAAAGGGCUGUCGCCAUGAGAACAGCAAGGAAGUCACAGACAUGGCAUCAGCAGUUAAAGUCGUCUGUUCCGUCAAGACGUGUAAGGAAGGCGUCUUCAUGCACGAGGACUGUUUCUUGGCCUGGGAGGAUGACAUCAUCAAAAACCUACAGAGUCACCACCGCCCCCAGCAGCUGGGUCGGCUCCGAUCAUGGACGUUGGAGCAGCUGCAAAGAGACCUGUGGACCAAGCGCGUGAACGACGUGACGUACAAGCUCUGUGUCUGCCGGUGUGGGGGGUACCUGAAGAAAGACGAAGACUGGGAUGCUGAGAAAGAUGCAGAGAAACAACGAAAUGAUGGUGAUGAUGGAGCAGACAAGAAGAAGAAGAAGAAGAAAGGAGACAAGCCAGGUGUUCUUUGGGCUAAGAAGUCUUGUCCGAAGUUCUCAGCUGCAGAUCUGGCCUCGACAAGACGAUUCAAGAAGGCUGCUGCGAAGAAAAAUUACCUGGCGGAGCCCAAGGUUCAGGUUAUCCCCAAUCCUUCCCAGGGUGCAACAGCAGGUCAUGGGUCAGAGGAAACAAGUGUCAAGGUGGCCUUUGAGGGAACAGGUAAAAGUCACCCCGAAAGAGGCCGGGAAGAAACCAGAAGAGUGCCAAAUUUUCAGAACAGGUCCCCAUCUCCUAAAGGCAACGAUGCAGCCGCUAGGAACAAGAGAGCCUCACCUGAUCAUGACACGCCCCUCUCUGGUUCCCAUGAGGACAGGGACAUCCCAAUGCCCCUUGCACUCACGGCCGCAUAUUGGUGGAUCAACUUCGGAUGGCGAACGUACCUGGACUACACCUUGUACGCAAACGACAAACUAAGUGCCGCAGACACGCGCAUGCAGCAUCUCGUGAUGUGUAAGUCCGUGCAUGAUGUGGAGAAGGCGUUGGGUUGCCAUGGUGAUCUGGUCGCUGUGUCGGGGAGGAUGGGGGAGUGGUGGCAGGAGGUCGGGUGGGGUCAGUUCAGGAGCUUCAUGGAACAUCAGUGAAAAAACAUCUGUGUUGGCUUGAAGUAUCUACUGUAAAUGCAGAAAUGUUCGCAGUGGAUUUAUGUUCGCGGUUUUCGCGUUGGCCAUUUUACCGCGAAUUUAAAACCACCGCGAACAUUUUUCCUGGGCAUUAAGAUACUACAGUGAAUGGUGCUACCGCGAAAUUAAAACCCCCGCGAAAAGUCAUUUUUCCCGCUACCGCGAAAUUAAAUCCCUGCGAACUUAAAUGCAUUUACAGUAUUUUCUGUUGAGAUCAUUUAUUCCUUUGUUAAUUCAUUCAUUCAUUCAUUUAUUCGUUUAUUCAUUUUUUUGUUCAUUCGAUCAUUCAAAUGAAAAAAUUAUUUUCUGAAAACGUGCGCUGUCAUAAAGUGCCAGUGAUAUAUCACUGAGAAAACAUUUGUUUGUUCAAUGUAUCAUGUAAAACUUUGGUCAAAGAUUUCAUAUUAGAUGUUUUUGAAAAGACAAAAUUUUUACAAGAAUGAUAGAGGAAAUAUCAUUUGUUACAUUUGACUGGCAAUCUAAUAUGGCAUAAUGAAAGCUAUUAUGUGUAUAACGCUAGUUCACCUUUAUCCGUAGGGUAACCUUUAUCCGUUCUUUUUAAGAACAAUGUAUUUAGGGAAAUUAAGUCUAACAGAUGAUAGUUUCAAACUCUAACAUUUUUAAAAUAGUACAAUUUGAAACUACCGUCCAUCGACUUAAUAUCCCUGGAUAUCCUGUUUAGCAACACAACAGAUAUAGGUUACCCAACGGAUAAAGGUGAACUAACGUUAUAUGAUUUUGUGUUAAUGCACGUGUAUCGAUCUCUUGACAGUUCUUUGCAGUAUCAUUUUGCAACUAUUUGUUUGAAUGCAAGAAGAACAUAUACCAAACUUUUCUCGUCUCCAUUUUUUCUCCAUUUAAGUUUAGUAUUAAUUUGUGUGAAUGCAGAGCAGAACUUACUUUGAUUUGUGUUGUAAUAUUUUGUACCUAAAAGUAAUAGCCUUAUUAUAUAUUUAUUAUAAGAUGUAUUUAACUUCAUUACAUUAGUAUUGUGCAAGAUACGCAAAGAAAUGUUGUGAUGAACAGCAUUUGUCAAAGUUUGUUGUAUAUCAAGGAAAAUUUUGUUACAAGAUUGAAAA